UGCGUUCUGGAGCACAGCAGAGGGCUGUCCUGCGCCCGUGGCAAACAUGUUUGUUUCAGCUCUGGCAGAUCUUCGGAAGAUGUGUCACCUGGCUCUUCUCUCGCUGCUUGCUCCAGCUGCAUACGUCACUGCGGCAGAGGCCGCUUUUCGAAGACUCGACAGCGCAUUCGCCCCUCCCGGCACUCUAUUCCACCAGCCCGCUAAGCGCCACGCGCUUUCAUCACUCCGCGAGGCUCUGCAUAAAGGCACGGCAGAAGCGGUGCUGCUCACGAGGGAGCCUGCAACAGAUACGGCCAUGCAGCAAUGGACAGGCACCUUCACUCUGCCCACUGAGCAUCACCAGCCGGCCGCUGACUCAUCAUCCGGCCGGGAGCAGUACAACUGGCUACAGGCGUGGUACCCGGUGCUGUUGUCUGAGAGUGCUGACCGGGGCCGCGCCCAUGCGGUUCGUGUGCUGGGGAGUUCGUUCUGUGUGUGGCACGACGGCAAUGCGUGGCGGUGUUAUGUCGACCGCUGUCCGCACCGGCUGGCGCCGCUGAGUGAGGGCAUUGUGGACAAGUACCAGCACACCAUCACGUGUGCCUACCACGGCUGGGCCUUCGGCGGACCCGACGGCAAAUGCCUUGACAUCCCCCAGGCAAAAAACACCAAUGUCAAAUUCGCUACCAAAAACAAAAGGGCAUGCGCACAAGCCGUACCUUGCCAGGUAUGUAACCGACACACACACACACAGACGGUGAUCAGUCGCAUGGUAGGGAGGCGUGAUGCUCGGCGUGUGUGUCGUGUUGGUCUACAGGUGCGUCAAGGUCUUGUGUGGAUAUGGCUUGACCUCUCACCCGAGGGGCUGGCGCUCGCCAAUGUCACCGAGCCAGCUGUCGUGCCCGAGCUCGACGAGCCAGCCUUCAAGAAGACUGAGGCAGAGGGCCGCCACAUGUUCUAUAUGCGGGACAUGCCCUACGGAUGCGAGGCCCUCCUUGAGAAUGCCAUCGACCCGUCACACGUGCCUGGUGGGGCGGGGCGGCAACCACAGCCACACGCCACACACAUUAGAAUGGAUCCACUCUUUGUGUGUGCCUGUGUUGUUUGCCCUGGUCAGUAACGCAUCACAACGCGCUGACAUUGCAGGGUGCGCGGAUGUCCCGCACGACGACCAAGCCGCUGGACAUGGUGCUCAAAGAGCGGGACGUGUCGAUGAGGGAGGGCUUCACAACCAUAGUGAGGUCUGGCGGGUCCAAGGCCUUCGACAGCUACACGGUGAGCUUCAUGCCACCGGGGCGCCUCAUGUACCGCACGCAGAAGGGCGACCGCAUCAACUACUCCAUCUUCUACUGUGUGCCGCAAGAGCCUGGUGACUACCGCCACACAGACGGACAGAGACAGGGGGAGAGAAUCAGAUCACGGCUCUCUAUCUUUUUCUGUGUGUGUGCGUGCAGGUCGCUCUCGCUUCUUUCUCCGUGCUGCGUCGACUCUGCCUCAGCCGUACGACUGGCUGCCCCAGUGGGUGCGCCACACAUGGGAGACCGCAUUUCUUAACCAAGAUAUGGUCUUCCCACACGAACAAGGUCAUCCACACACACACACACUUCUUGUGCGCUAGGCGACAUGUCCUCGUGUAUCUCUGCUGUGUCGUGUAUGCAGAGCGUCAUCUGCUGAAUCUGAAGGCGGCGAUGGAGUCCGAUUCGCCCCAUGAGGCCACAGUGGACCGGCUGUACUACAUGCCCGCGGCGGCUGACGUGCCUAUCCGUGCCGUCCGUCGGUGGCUGCAGCGCUUCUCCUACCCAGGUGUCAUUCCCAACUUCAUCAACAUCAACCCUGUCCUCAAGGGCAGCUCGGUAAGACACACACACACGUGAUGGAUGGGGGGAUGGAGGGACGGGAGCAGAGCCUAGAUGGGUGUGUGUGUUGGUGUGUGUGUGUAGGCUUUGGGUCCUGCAGAGCGGAGCCGGGAGCGUUUGUUGACUGCAUGGGACUCACACACCAAGUACUGCCCCUACUGCAGGGGGGCAUACAGGAACCUCACGUGAGCUCAGACGACGAUACAUACAUACCAGCCAGCUGGCCGGACGGACGCAUAGACCUGCAUGCUGCUGUCUGUCUGUCUGUCUGUCUGUGUGUCGUGUUCCUUCGUUCAGUCUGAUAAAGUAUUUUGCGAUUGGUGUGGCGCUCCUGUCGUCCUCAUCUUCUUUCGCAGCUAUAAUGCUGAGGUGGGUGCCAGUGCAAGGCAGGCACAGCACAGCAUCGUUUAUACGAGCGAUGAUGGCUCCAUUCAUCAUUCUUUCCUCAGGCGCGUUGGGAUGAGCGGCACACUGGCUCUGUCGGCGGCGCUGGGCGGGCUGCUGGCCCGAUGGCUGCACGUGUUUACGAGGCGGUUUGUGUAUGAGGACUUCUCACAUCAGCUCAACCAGGAGGACUACAUAUUGGCCGCCAACCGACUCAGGAACCUGUAGCAGGGCACCGCACCCAACCCACUGUAGAGAGUGUGGCAGGGCAGAUGGACCUGUGGGCGUGGGCACCCAUGGAUUGGUUUGGGGGUUUUUUUUUGUUUUGUUUUGGUUGAUCCCGCUGCAUAUGGGGAAAGUUUGUAUAUAAGACCAACCGAUCUGACGGACGGACUUGUGUGAGAGAGUCGUAUGUAUUUGUUUCUCUGUGUAUGGUAUGCGGCGGUGCGCGCUCGCACGGCCUCUGGUGUGGUGCAGUGCACGGCGGCCUCCAUGUGUAUUCUAUGCGAGGCGGGCCGGCUGGCUGGCUGGCAGUUGUGAAGAGAAGAAAGAGAGUGCGUGGCGACUUUCUCGUCGUGAGAGGAGAGAGCGCAUGAUGGUCGCUCGCACAGUGAGUGAGG